ACCAACCCCUAUGACUACCAUAUGAUCAGUCAGGGUGAAAUCACUGUCAAAAGCAUUAAUGAUGUGGAGGAGUUCAUUGCCACAGAUGUAGGUUAAUAGUAUUUUGUAAAAUAACAGCAGAUGAAUAUCAGAAUAACUCAUUUUCUAAAAGGAUUUGCUGUUCAUGAAUUACAGACUGCAAUUGACAUUCUGGGCUUCAGUGUUGAUGAAAAGAUUGCCAUUUACAAGCUGACUGGAGCUGUGAUGCAUCAUGGCAACAUGAAAUUCAAGCAGAAGCAGCGUGAGGAGCAGGCUGAACCUGAUGGCACUGAGGUGGCUGAUAAAAUCGCUUACCUCCUGGGCCUAAACUCAGCUGAUAUGCUGAAAGCUCUGUGCUACCCAAGAGUCAAGGUUGGAAAUGAGAUGGUGACCAAAGGUCAAACUGUGCCACAGGUCAACAAUGCUGUCAGUGCUCUGUGUAAGUCGGUAUACGAGAAAAUGUUCUUGUGGAUGGUCGUCCGUAUUAAUGAGAUGCUGGACACAAAGCAGCCAAGACAGUUCUUCAUUGGGGUGUUGGAUAUCGCUGGAUUUGAGAUCUUUGAUUUCAACAGCUUGGAGCAACUCUGUAUCAACUUCACCAAUGAGAAACUGCAACAGUUCUUCAACCACCACAUGUUUGUUCUGGAGCAAGAGGAGUACAAGAAAGAAGGCAUUGAUUGGGAGUUCAUUGACUUUGGUAUGGACUUGGCUGCCUGCAUUGAGCUUAUCGAGAAGGUAAGACAAAUCUGUCAGGUAGAACAGAAUUCCUGUUUUCUGACAAUCUGUUAAAUUAUUGAUUCUAAAUAUGACAAUAUUUCCUUUCAGCCAAUGGGCAUCUUCUCCAUCCUCGAAGAGGAGUGCAUGUUCCCCAAGGCCUCUGACACAACUUUCAAGAACAAGCUGCAUGAUCAGCAUCUUGGCAAGACCAAGGCCUUUGAGAAGCCAAA